UGUGUUCAAACACGGUGCGAGCGAGUGAGAGAAAGAGAGAGGGAGAGGGAGGGAGGGCAGGAGCGAGAGAAGAGGACAAGCAGUGCGAGGAGCAGCUCAACACUCAUGGAAACUACUUCAGAUCUUUUCUCCCCUUCUCCAGAGGAAUAUAAACAAAUAUAACUUUUAUGGGAAGUCAGAAAAAGGAUUACUCUUGGAGAUAAUGGGAAGUACAGAAGCGCCCGUGGUUAACGCCUGCGUGUCGCGGAACCUCACCGUCUCGGUGUGGGGAGGGUCAGAGUACAGCGAGGCGGAGAUCGCGGUCCUGGGCGUGGUGAUGUCACUGCUGGUGCUGUGCAUCGUGUUCGGAAACGUGCUGGUGAUCACCGCCAUCGCCCGCUUCCAGCGGCUGCAGACGGUCACCAACUACUUCAUCACGUCCCUGGCGUGCGCCGACCUGGUGAUGGGCGUGGUGGUGGUGCCGUUCGGCGCCUGCUACAUCGUGCUCAACACCUGGUACUUCGGAAGCUUCUGGUGCGAGUUCUGGACGGCGGUGGACGUGCUGUGCGUGACGGCCAGCAUCGAGACGCUGUGCGUCAUCGCGCUGGACCGCUACCUGGCCAUCACCUCGCCCUUCCGCUACCAGUCGCUGCUGACCAAGACGCGGGCGUGCGUGGUGGUGCUGGUGGUGUGGCUGGUGGCCGGCCUCAUCUCCUUCCUGCCCAUCCACAUGAAGUGGUGGACGUCAGAGGAGCCCGACUCGCUGUGCUGCCUGAGCGACGCCUUCUGCUGCGACUUCAACACCAACACGGCCUACGCCAUCACCUCCUCCAUCAUCUCCUUCUACAUCCCGCUGGUGGUCAUGGUGUUCGUCUACAGCCGCGUCUUCCAGGAGGCCCGCAAGCAGCUGGAGAAGAUCGGCCGGAGCGAGGGCCGCUUCCGCGCGCAGAACAACAACCCGGCGCUGGAGAACCGGGGCGCGGGCGACGGGCGCAACGGCAACGGCGCCAAGCGGACCAAGUUCUGCCUGAAGGAGCACAAGGCCCUGAAGACGCUGGGCAUCAUCAUGGGCAUCUUCACCCUCUGCUGGCUGCCCUUCUUCGUGCUCAACGUGGUCCUGGCCAUCUGGAGGGUGGAGAACAUCAAGCUCACCUUCAGGAUACUCAACUGGAUAGGCUACGCUAACUCGGCGUUCAACCCCCUCAUCUACUGCCGGAGCCCCGAAUUCAGGUACGCCUUCCAGGAGAUCCUGCACCUGCGGAGGGUGCACUUCGCCAAGCCGGGCCCCGCUAACGGGCUAACGUACGGCAGAGACGCCUGGCACAGCGAGCUGCAGGCCAAAAGGACGCACAGCCCCGAAGCCGGGGGCGCGGGCAAGGGCCCCUCGGAACUGGACGAGGGCCCCUCGGGGGAGACCCCUCCCAAACGAGACUCCUACAGGAAGUGUCAGGAGGCGCUAACUACAGUUAUUUGAGCCGCCCUUCUCACACGACAACAACAAAAACAACUUUAUUGGCUUUUUUUUUUUGUUGCUGUUAUUUUUCUUUGUCUCCCACCUCAUAAGUUUUUGUUUUGUUUUGUUCUUUUUUACAAAGACAACAGGCUAAGCUGGUGAAGUAUGUCUGGUAAGCAGAUGUUCAGAUGGUGGACAGGAUACGGUGGAAGGCGGAUGGCGUUUGUUUUUUUUCUUGAGAAAACACAUCGGUUUCAUAUUGGUCACUGUCUGUGUGCCUGUGCGUGUGUGGGAGUGUGUGUGUUUGACCUUGCCGAUGUGUAUGUGUGAAUUCACCCACGUGAUUUUCAUAAGGAAUUAUUUCCAUUGGAAAAGGGAUAUUUCGUUCAUCUACCUCAUUGUUGUGAGAUAUCAUUAUUUUCUUAUCAUGAAACUGUACAUUUGUAUACAAACCAAGUUACCAAUUGCCUGUAAGGCAUACUAUUUAAAUAAAUUGCUAAUUAUAUCUGACUUAUGAUAUACGACCAUUCAGUUCAAUGUAAUUAAAUAUCUUCGAUCACCCUAGAGAAAUAAGCACCGAAAAAGGAAAGGCUUGUAAAACUAAAAUAAUAAUAAUAGUUUGUCUCUCUUGCCUUGAGAAGCUGUGAGAUUGGGGGCCAAAUCACAUUCCACUCUCGUUUGGAUUAGUCAAAAACCGGGGAUUACGCCGUGAUUCUCCGAGCGCUACGCAGUGAACAAAGUAACCCAACACUCUGAUGAGGCGUAGCAGGUGCGGACUGCUGCUGUCAAUGUUACCGUACAGACGGCGAGGAGAAAAAAAAAGACCGUGAGCAAUCUUCAGAAAGCCCCGUCUUGCUCUCCGCUUUUCUUACAUGAAACAGCAAAUAAAGACAUUUGUGUUUGCCCCAAGAUCCACGACAGUACAUGAUAUAUUGGAAUGAUAUAUGUGACAGCUUGGGGUGGAAUUAAAUUUCGGGUUACAAAUGCAUUCGUCCUGCACAGGAAUCGUAGCAGAACAGCCAGAACUGGAACAUUUUGAUAAUGUCUAUCUUUCUGUCUAUCUUUUAUGUCUCUCCCUUUAUUCUUUUUUCUUUUCUCUCUCUCUCUCUCUCGCAAUCUCUUUUCUUUUUUUCCCUCUCUUCUUUCUAUCUGUCUCUCUACUAUAUAUAUAUGUAUGUAUAUGUACAGUAUACUGUAUAUACAGGACACUUUGCACUUUAAAACAAAGGCAGUUUAGUGGUAUUUCAGAACUGGUGUUGUUUCUGACUAUUGCUUUGCUGGUGAAAUGUCACCUACAAUGUUUACUGAUAUCUCAAUAUGAGGCGCCUGCAUAGCGAGGCGGUUUCAUAAUUUACUGUUUAAGUAGUCACAUGAUGACCAUAAAAAGAGAAGACGACAGAAUAUUACUCUCAGGUACCCCCGACACAGAAAGUGUUUAGUGUGUAAAUCAAUUUGAUCUUGAAAUAGAAAAUAAAAUAACAGUUUCGGAGUUCGGCGUAAUGUGGUAAUGUAAGCUAAUGCCUGUCUGUUCUCGUGCGCAGCUGGCGACAUUAACUGUUUAACCGCUGGUCACCAACUUUCUCCUGUCCCUUCAGUUUAACAGCAAUGUUCAUGAAACAGCAUUCACAAAAAACUUCACUAGUGCACAUCUCUGAAAUGGAGGAAGGAAAUGCUUCAGAAAAGCCUGGCUUUCAGAGACGGAGUGUCUUUGAAGGGGCCCUGCAGGUACUGAAAAUGAUGAAUGCAUAGGGGAGCACACGGCAUUCUUAAUAUCGGACCUGCAGAGGUUGGGCACUCACUCAAAUGGAGUCCUAGUGAUUUUAAGUCUGUGUGCUCACCAGACUAACUGAGCACAGCAUAAACCAAAAAAUUCAAAUCAUAUUUCUACUACUAUUCAAAAGUAUUGCCAAUGAGAGUUGUUUUUUUUUUGUGUUUUUUUACCAAUGCGGUAAGAUAUUUUCAUUUGUCAAGCAAACAGCAACUUAAAAUAAAUGUUUCUACUUUAUAGAAAAAAUAAGUCUCACUACAAGACAAAAUCUGUAUUACCGCCUGCCAUUAAACAUCAGUGUUUGUGACCUUGCCAAUUUGCGUAAGCAGCCGUCCUUUUUAAGUGUUGCCAGAUAUCAGUGUUGAAAAUGUGAACCUUGUCCUUUUGAAAGACCCUGUGGUACUGUAGUAUUUACUGAACGUGCUAAAUCUGACUGUGUUUCUGUGGCUUGUACUCAAUGUCUUCAGCACCAAGCAUAACAUGUAACAGUAUAUUGUGUUGGUGUCCUAGCUGAUUAUAAUGUGUACUGGGUAUGUCUAUGUAGAUUUUUUCAUUCUCUGGGGUUCUAUAAGAAACAUUUUUUUUAUUAAUGAAAACAUCUUAAGUUUAAGUUUUUUUUUUUACAUACAAGAGAAAAUAUAUAUAUAAAUUAUCUGAAAAUAUGUUGUCUUGCUUGAUGAAAUUGGCAUCAAAUGAACAAAAGCUGAAUCCCUCUGGCCAAUAUUUUCUGUCAGGUUUGGCUAGCUGUUUGUCUUGGAGUAUUUGUCCUGUGUUCAGUGAAUAAUGUGACGUGAAUGUUUUUCGUACAACUGCAUUUGUUAUGAACUCUUUAAGUGGAAAAAGCUGUGAAGCAUUACAAAUAUAUACUGCCCCCUGGUGGUGCACUCCACAUCUGCAGCCUGCCAGUCACCCGGCCCAUUGUCAAUUCGGAGUAGCUUUUACUAUUCUGAAAAAAGAUCUGCUCAUGAGUUCUGUUUGUUCCACGGCCUAUUCUUAAGGAAACCUAAGAGAACGCAGGGAAGCAGUGCUGUGUCACUCAGCGCAAUAAAGCUGUAAACUUGUGUUAAAACAGAACAAACCAAUCCGACAUUGCAUUCCACAACACAAUACACUGAAAAAGGAAGCCACUGCUGGCACUGAGCAAUCUUCACUGGUGGUGGGAUUUACCGCUUUUAUUCUGACACGUGUCAGGGUGGGAGAGGGGGCACCGCUUUUGCCGAUCUCGGCUCACGGCGUUAAGUUCUCCGGUACAGAGAACAGUGCGGACGUCCGUAAGUGUGGGGCAGCCAUUUUAAACACAGCUCAUCUUAAAACACACAGAGGUGAUGGCGGGACCUAACGCAGCCAGUAAAAUUGCUAGUUAAAAUUGCUUGAUAGUUCACGUGACUUUCAUACACCACCAUUUUAAGAUGGACACCAGGCCUGGACUCUGGACACUCUUCUGAAGGUGCUGAACUGGCUACGAAGCUGGGAUCUCCACACACAUAUACACACACACACCAGCCCAGUUAAUUCAUCCCCGACACAUAAACCAAAUCGCUGCUCAGAAACAGUCACCUGAAAUGGGAACGGACAAAGAACAGAUGGUGACCCAAAAUUACUUUCGAUGUGAAUACCUGGUUUUACUCGUUGCAUGCAAUAACCUUUCUGUGGCUGUUUCGUGACACAACGGGAAAAUUCCUAACGUUAAGACGCCAUUUGUUUACCAUGAUAGUGAAUAUCGUUUUUGCACGAUAGUCUUUCUGUUUGUUACUCCGUUGAAGAUGUUUGUUACUCCGUUGAAGUGUGUUGAGAUCCAUCUCACUGUGGUAUUUAUUAAGCAAAUGUGACACUGCAUUUGUAUUUCAAUAUUAAAAUGUGCAUAUCAUGUAA